AAAGAGGAGAACCAGGGGUCGGUUAAGUACCUUGUCCAGGUUCACACAGCGGACAAGUGGCAGAGUGUGCUAGCACCCAGCUCUGCCGACAUGGCCCAUGCACUCCAGCCCGAGAUCAGAUGAGCAGCCGCUGGAAGGUUUCAUCAGCUGCCAGAGCUUACGGCGUUUUGGAAUUAUAGGUGGGAAUAUCACUUUGUCGCCAUCAAGCACUGUAAACUUUACAGAGAUCAUAUGGAAAAAAGGAAAGGAUAAGGUUACAGAAUGGAAUACAAACCUUGAGGUCAAAACUUACUCCCUUUUGGGAGGGAGGGUUCAUUUAGACCUUAAGUCAGGUGACCUCACCAUCUUCAAUUUAACAUCAUCGGAUGAACAUGAAUAUGAAAUGAAGUCCGCGGAUCUUACAGAUAGCUCUAAAUUUAAUCUUACUGUCCUCGACCCUCUUCCGUCUCCGACACUAAAUUGUACACUGAUUAAUGAGAUCAUCUUCGUCCGUUGCGAGGUGCCUCAAAGUUACCGCCGGCAUCGGGAGCUGUUACUCUGCGAAUGGCAUUGCCCUUUCCCACAGUGUGAGGGAAGCUGGGAGCUCGAGGCCCCUGUGCUAAAUUUUACGAAGGAGGACGAUCUCUCACGGGAAGUACGUUGUUUUGUUAAAAAUCCAGAAUCCAACAGGACGUCCUCAAUGGUUUUGUCAACCUGCGUCCCAGGUGAUAAUUCAAGGCAUAGAUAUGCACUCAUAGCUGUACCAUUCGUAGGAAUAGUCUUUGCAGUAGGUUUUCUGAACUAUGCCAGACGGACGUAAAGAACCACCUCCAGAUGAUGAAAUGAAAUCCUCAGUCACUAACUAAAAACAACUUAAAAUACCUCUGCAGUAUUACACAGUCUUCCAAAACCUUUGCAGUUACCUUAACUGGUAACUUUAUCAGAGUGUUUUGGUGGGGUUUUGGUUUUGUUGGUGUUUUUUUAAGAAAAAAACAAACCAAGGAGAUUACCCCUCCCCAGUAUUGUGUGACAGCUAGUCAUCUUAUUGUCCCUGGUGCUGUGGCGGCUCUUGUAAAUAAAUGUAAUUAUGUACAGAAACAAGUAGGUGGCUUGGCUCUUUUUCUCCUAAGUUAAAAAAAUAACCGUACGAGGCCACGGCUUUUUACUGAAA